CUACCGUACCAGGCAGUGAUGCAACCAGUCAGGAUGCUCUCGAUGUUGCUGAGCAACAGUGUCUCAACUGUACUGAACAAUGGGGAACAGAGUGAACCAGUCUCUACAACCAUCUACACUAUACUUCCUGCUCCAGACCAGCUGACUGUUGACUCAGUGGACACCACAUCAGCUGCUGUUAGCUGGAGCCAGCCACCAGGAUUGGACCAAACGCAACAUCAUUACCAGAUCUCCUACCACUGUCCAGGGACAGAACCACACAUCACUACCACAUCUUCACACAGCAUCACUCUCUCUGACCUUCAAUGUGGCUCUGAAUACUUAGUCACUGUCUGUUCUGGGUUGUACGAUGGGGUACAAAGCCAAAUAGUGUCAAUCACCUUGACCACAAAGGUCCCAGCACCAGGAGACUUGGCUAUAAAGAAGCUGAAAUCUACCUCCCUCUCUGUAAGAUGGACCAAGACUCUCGGACUGGACCAAAACCCUCAGCGCUUCCUCAUAUUUUACUGCAGCCCAAGAACAGAGCCCAUGGCAGCAUACACUGACGACUGUCACAAGACACUCUCUGACCUACGACCUGGUACCCAGUACACCAUCAGUGUCUCAACUGUGCUGAACAAUGGGGAACAGAGUGAACCUGUCUCUACAACCAUCUGCUCUAAACUCCAUGAUGAGGUCCAGAUUGUGCUGGUGGGGAAGACUGGAGCUGGAAAGAGUGCAGCAGGAAACACCACCCUGGGAAGAAAUGCUUUUAAGUCUAAAUGAUCUCCCUCCUAUGUGACAGACUGUAUAACGGUCAAAGGUGAGGUGGAUGGACAAUUGAUCACUGUUAUCGAGAAUCCAGGUGUGUUUCACACCAACUGUACCAAAGGGGAGGCAAUGAUAAAGAUAGAAAAGUGCAUCUUUCUCUCUGUUCCUCGUCCCCAUGUGUUCCUGGUUGUGAUCCAGCUGGGUAGAUUUACACCUGAGUAGAAGGAAAUACUGAAGAUCAUUCAGACAACCUUUGGAGAACGGGCUGCAAAUUACACAAUGGUCCUAUUUACCCAUGGAGAUCGUCUCAAGGGAACGUCAAUUAAAGAAUAUCUGGAUGAUUCUCCAGAUCUUCAACGUUUCAUAAAACAAUGUCAUGGGGGAUAUCAUGUCUUCAACAACAGAGAUCAGAAUCCCUCUCAGGUCACUGAGCUGCUUGAGAAGAUAAACAAGAUGGUGAAAAGAAGUGGAGGAAGCCGCUGCACCACUGAGAUGUUACAAGAGGCUGAGAGAAAGAUUGAAGAAAAGAAACAGGAUCCUGAGAGAGAACAAAGAGAAGAGAUGGAAGAACUGAAGGAACAGCUUGAAGGAGAGCGUCUAAUGGAAGAAGAAGAGGAGCUGAAGGAAAAACAUGAAAGAGAAGCUACAGAGCAAGCGGAAACAUAUGCAUCAUCUUCACGCUGGAUUGGUGCUAUAACUGAAAUAGUUGUUGGACCAGUUGUUGGACGAAAGGUCGAGUCGGUGUUGUCACGUCAUGCCCCCGCCAACCCCCUCCCA